AUGCGCCCAGAGACGGCUCAGCACAUAAUUCAGGUGUGUCCGAGAACCAGCGGUCCUAGAAUGCGACGCCAUGAUCGCGUGGUCCAGUUCGUUUCGGCUGCUGCCGAACUGGCUGGCUACAAGGUUUUGGUUGAGCCUAGGAUAGUUGGUCGUACUCUGGGUGUUCGGAAGCUUGAUCUUGUUCUUUGGAAUGAGAGUAGGGCCUACGUGGCGGAUGUCACUGUCACUUCUGACCAAGUCGGGGGAGUUAAGGCACACCGUGAUAAGGUUGCUUACUACGACCAACCAGAGAUUCGGGAAUGGGUCGAGAGAUUUACUGGGCUAUCGGACAUUUCCUUUUCAGCGGUUGCCGCCAACUGGCGGGGUGUCGUGUCACAUCUCAGCGCCGACUUUCUUAAGUCAGUGCUGAAAUUGUCCAACUGGGAUAUUUCUUUGUUAGGUCUUCGGAUCUGCGAAGAAACGUACCAUAUUCACCAGUACUUUGGGAGAAGUACGUAUCGCGUUCGGGGUCGUGGACCAUCGUAAUUCCUUGUUGAAAACAAUUAUAACGUCGGCCGGUUUUCGGGCCAAAUGCUGGAGUUCUUUUAUCUUUUUAUCCUUUUUAAUAUUAAAGGGAAUCU